AUGAUUUUCGAGGCGUCGGCACCAUGGGAGAUCCUCUUUGGGUCCUCAACCGCACCAUCAGCAACCUCGAAAUGGAAGUUCACCUUUGGACUUUUCCUCAUCUUUCUACAGUGUGUCCUACUGGUGUUCAACUCCUUACUGACCCAGUUCCUCUUUGAAGAGUUGGAACUGGAAUCGCCUUUUAUCAUGACCUACAUUGGCAUGUCCCUGAUGGCCUUCCUCUUGCCGCUUCACUACUACGCCGCUCAAAAGUCAUCAAGUCCACCGCAUCAGGAAUCAUCUACGGACACGGCCUGCAUUCCCAGCGUUGGGUGUUGUACUUCUCCUUCGUUUGACAGUCUCGCCCAUGACAUGAACAAGGCAACCACGUAUACGGAUUUCGUCGACAUUGCCGUCCAACGCAGUCAAAAGCUGGUCGAAGAUCACACGACGCGAUGGAACCAUCGAAAACACGUAUUGGCAGCAUUGUACAUUACGCCGGCCAUGUUUUUGGCGGAUUGGGCCUUUAACGCCGCACUGAUACGGACGUCGAUCGCCUCUUCGACUGUCUUGGUCAGCAUCCAAUCCAUUUUCGUGUAUGCCUUUGCUGUCGUGCUUCGCCUCGACUUUUACAGCGUGUGGAAACUUCUGGGCAUUCUGGCCGGAGUGGCAGGAACUGCUCUGACUAUGUUGCACGAUACUACCGUGGUAUCAUCAUUAGAGACAGAAGAGACGAAUGACAACUUUAUGGUGGAGGACGACACCGCGACGUCCCAGUGGUGGGGAGACAGCUUGGCUAUCCUUGCUGCCAUGAUCUAUGCCAUUUACACCAUUCAAGUGCGCCUAUUCUGCCCGGAAAAUGAAGAACUCUAUAGCAUGCAGCUGUUAUUGGGAUACAUUGGAGCCGUUGCCUUGGUGUUGAUGGCUCCGGCGGCCAUUUGGCUGCUGCUCAUUACACAACAAGUUCAACUCACAUCGGCAUCUCUCGGGAUGGUUCUGAUCAAGGGGCUCUUUGACUUUUGCAUUUCGGACUACCUCUUGUUUCGGUCCGUCAUUCUCACUGGCCCCACUGUGCCAACGGUCGGCUUGGGGCUGUCCAUCCCCAUGGCGUUCUUAUUGGAUUUUGCAUUCGGCAACGAUGACGUCUUCUCGUGGUAUUCUAUGGUGGGAGCACUAGCUUGCUUGGCUGGAUUUUUCGCUGUCAACCUUGUACCUGAUCCCACUACUUCCUGCAGCUGCCAAGACGGUGGCAAUGAUGCUGUCGAUACAAAAGAUUCCAAAGAGGCCAGUUUGAUGGAUGACACGGCUUCGGUAACAUGA